AAUAAAAAAAAAUAUCUAAAGAACAGUUAGAGGUAAGUUACUUUCACCAAGAAGAUCAAAAAAUCAAUUAAACGAAUAAGAAAAUUAUUCUCUUUCUUUAUUGCUCCCAAACCUGAUACUCUUAAAGCCUCAAUAUAUAUUUUUAAACCAUAUUUAACAUUGUAAUACUGAUAAGAAGAAGAAAGUGAGGCGGUGGCUCAAAUAACACAUUACAAUGAAUUACACUGAAAUUGAUCAUAUUUCACGUUCACAACAUCCAAAAAUAUACAAUGGUUUUAUUGAAUAUGGAACAGCUGGUUUUCGUACAAAGUCAGAUUACCUGGAUCAUCUUCUCUACAGAAUAGGAAUUCUUGCUGUAUUAAGAUCAAAAAAAUUGGGUUUAAGUAUUGGUUUGAUGAUAACAGCAAGUCACAAUGAAGAGCCUGAUAAUGGUGUUAAACUUGUUGAUCCAGCUGGUGAAAUGCUUGAAUCAUCUUGGGAAAAAAUAGCAACUGAUCUUGCAAAUGCAGCAGAUACUGACCUUAUUCAGUAUCUUAAAACAAUUGUUAAUGAACAAAAUAUAAAUGAAGAUGCUCCAGCAAUGGUAAUUAUGGGUAGAGAUACUAGAGACAGUGGUUGGUCAUUAUCAAGAUCAUCAAUUGAUGGUAUUAAUGCUGCAAAUGGUACAAUUAAAGAUUUUGAUAUUAUAACAACACCACAACUUCAUUAUUUGGUUGUUGCAACAAAUACAAAUGGUGCUUAUGGUGAACCAACUGUUGAUGGUUAUUAUGCAAAAUUUGUAAAUGCAUUUGGAAAAACUAGAAAUUCACAAGAUAAUGAUAAAUAUAUUGGAAAAAUAUAUUUAGAUGCUGCAAAUGGUGUUGGUGGUAUUGCUGCUAAAAGAUUUCAAGAACAAUUGGAAAAUAAUAUUAUCAUAAGAAUAUUUAAUAAUGGAACUGGAAGACUCAAUCAAAAUUGUGGAGCUGAUUAUGUCAAGAUAAAACAACUUCCACCAGUUAAUAAUCCAGCAAAAGCAUUUCAAAGAAGUGUUAGUAUUGAUGGUGAUGCUGAUCGUGUUGUUUAUUAUUAUACAGAUGAUAAUGAUAAAUUUCAUCUUCUUGAUGGUGAUAGAAUAGCAACAUUAGCUGCUGGUUAUCUUAAAGAUAUUGUUGAAGAAACUGGAUUAAUUAUAAAACUUGGCUUGGUACAAACAGCUUAUGCAAAUGGUGCAUCAACAAGUUAUAUAUCUGAACUUUUAAAAAUACCAGUUGCUUGUACAGAUACUGGUGUCAAGCAUCUUCAUCAUAAAGCACAAGAAUUUGAUAUUGGAGUUUAUUUUGAGGCAAAUGGACAUGGUACAGUUUUAUUUAAAGAUAGUAUUAUACAAAUUAUAAAUAAAGCUGCUGAAAAUACAAAACUCAUUGAUGAAGAAAGAGAAGCUGCUAAAAAAUUAAAAAAUUUAAUUGAUUUAAUUAAUCAAAGUGUUGGUGAUGCUCUCAGUGAUAUGUUACUAGUUGAAGCUAUAUUGUAUGACAAAGGAUGGGAUAUUGUUACUUGGGAACAAAGCUAUGUUGAUUUACCAUCUAGACAAUUAAAAGUUAAAGUUCAAGAUAGAAAUUUAAUUCAAACUACUGAUGCUGCAAGAAAAUGUAUAUCACCAAUUGGUUUGCAAGAAAAAAUUAAUGAAAUUGUUGAACGUUAUCCAAAAGGACGAUCAUUUGUUAGAGCAUCAGGAACUGAAGAUGUUGUCAGAGUAUAUGCUGAAUGUGAAAAUUCUGUUGAUGUUGAUAAACUUGCUGCUGAAGUAUCACUAGCUGUUUAUAAAUUUGCCAAUGGUGUUGGACCUGAACCGAUAAUUCCGGUUUAAAUAAUUAUUUUAUUUUUUUUUUUUAAUCGAAACAUAAUAAAACAGUGACUUAAAAUUAUUAUAAAUUUAUAAAUUUUAUUCUCGAUAAAAAAAAAUAAAAUAAAGCUUUUUAUUAUUAUG